UUCACUCUCUAAAUAAUUUAUCUAAUUAUACUAGUGAACACACUUCGGCAACUUGUGGUCACUCAUCAAGUAAACACUAUUGACACUACGUGUCUCAUCUACCAAUAUCAAUUGCUACAAUUACUGUCUUUAAAUAAACUGUAAGGGUUUCAGAAUGUCUAAAGUAAAGCUUCUUUCGUCGGAUAAUGAAGAAUUCACUGUUGACAGAAUUGUUGCUGAAAAGAGUAUUCUUAUCAAAAACAUGCUUGAAGAUAUGGGUGAAAUGAAUGUUCCAAUUCCUUUACCAAACGUGUCUUCCAAUGUACUGCGCAAGAUUAUUGAAUGGUGUGAACACCACAAGAAUGAUUUGUAUACAGGAAAUGAAGAUGAAACUGAAAUUCGUCUGAAAAAAUCCACAGACAUUGAUGAAUGGGAUCAAAAGUUUAUAUCCGUGGACCAAGAAAUGCUCUUUGAAAUUAUUCUUGCUAGUAAUUACCUUGAUAUCAAGCCACUACUUGACACUGGAUGCAAAACAAUUGCAAAUAUGAUUCGUGGUAAAAGCCCGGAGGAUAUUCGCAAAACCUUUAAUAUCCCCAAUGACUUUACUCCUGAGGAGGAAGAACAGAUCAGAAAGGAAAACGAAUGGGCUGAAGAUCGUUAAUAUAUCUUCGGUAUAUCCAAAUCUAUGGGAGUCACACACGAUUUGUAUUAUAAAUAAACUCAAACCACUCAUAAAUGCAAGCAUUAUGCAGUUGAUUGAAUGGAAAUAAGUAUAAAGCUUCUGAGCUAAUACGAAAUGAAGAGUAUAUAGAUACUCUUAUCGGCAAGCUCAAACAAUCUCCCAAGCCUUAGCUUUGACCGUUUCCCAGUAUAUGUUUACAGAAAUUAUCACUUGAAAUAAAACUACACAAAACC